AUGCCACAGGCAGUCAAAUUUUCAAGUACAGAGAGAGUUAUAGGUUAGUCUCUCUUAGGAAAUGGGUACAUCGAGAACUAAGAAGAAUUUAGUAAAACCGAUGCUGGUAUACAUGCUGAUUAUUCUCUAAAGGAUGGCAAGAACUUCUAUCAUCAUUCUACUAUCUACAAUGUAAAAGAGUUUAAGGAAUUGAGCAAACUUCAAGAUUAUCAAGAGCCUAAUCUCGCUAAAUACACAGAAUUGUAGACUAAAAUUAUGGUUGCUGAUUUCAAAAAGAAAGUUCAUGCAUUCCUAUAAAAAAACAAUUAUAAGACUAAUUUGAUUGGUAGUAAAAUAACUUCAUCAUUACAUGAAUUGGAAUCAUUUCAAUCAACCAAUAAUGAAGAAUAGCUUAAUAAAUCUCUUUGCUCUAACAAAUAUACAAUUCGAACUGAAUACAAAUCUAUGAAAGCAACAGAGAUACUAGUAAUUAGUAAUAAUAAGGUUGUCUCAAGAUAGAUUAUCUCCAGUGAAUUAAUUCAACAAAGACUAUUAAAAUAAAUGGAAAAUUUUCUUAAAGAUGAUAGAUUUAACUACGAUCUAAAGAUGCAAACUAUGAUAGAUCAAUAUGAAGAUAUUGUCAAUAGGAUUAGACAAUAGGCAUACACAAUUAAAAUUCCAUAGAGUUAUGAAAUUUAAAUGAGUGAUUACAAUGAGUUUUACUAUAAAAAAGAAGAACCAAAAAUCCCUUCUUUAAAUGAUAAAUUAGAAAUCUUGGCUGACUAGAUCAUAUAAGAAAUCUAACAAUCAAGAGAAUCUACACCAUAAUUGUAAAAUCAAAUUAAUGAAGAGUAACAGGAGGAUAUUUCACCAUAUAUUGAUGAGAUAGUUAAAACGGAACCUGUCUAUACAAAAGAAGAAGAAGCCGCAAAUGCCAACAAUGAAUAGCUUGGUCAAAGGAAGAUAACACAGAGAAAAGGGAAGCCCAGAAAGAAGUAAUAACAAUAAUAAUAACAACAAUAAUAAUAGUAAAAUGAAACAACAUCUGAUAAUAACAAUCAGAAAUCUUAAUAGUCUAGCUAAUCAGAAUUACCUGAUGUUUCUACCUCUUAGCAAUUUCAUUAUUAAAGAGAAAUAAGAGAAAAAAAGAAUAGUUAAUAAAAUACACAACCAAUUUAAGCUUAAGAAUAAAUUAUUGAAACUGAUCCUCAUCAAUAAAAUUAACUACCACAAAAUUAGCCUGCUGACUAAAAUAGCAAUAAAAAACAUUCAACAAAUGAUAAACCAAAAGGCAAGGUUCACUCAAGGAAAGUAACGGGAGAUACUGUUUCUUAAAGAUAAGUUCCUCUAUAUUUAGAGGCUCCAAAAGAUUAAAUUCUAGAGACCUUAAGCGAAAGGUCAUAGGAUGAGAACUAAUAAUUUGAAGAUGUUUAAUCUAAAAAGCAGUAAUCUCCAAAAAAAGAGCAUUAAGAAACUAAUUAAAUAGAAAAUCAGGAAAUUGAUAUUGUCUAAAAUGAUUUCGAAGGAAUAAAUUAGUAAAUAGACCAGUCUGAAAUAAAACCAUUAAUUCAUCCGAUUUCAAACAGUAAACCGCUACGCAAUCCUGAAUAAAGAGAUGCUGUUGAUAUUUGGGAUAAUGGUAUACCAACAGUCAUUAGGCCAAUCCCUAGACCUUAACCAACUGUAUAGGAGAUCCAAACAAUUGAACAACAGUAAAAGCAAAAUAGUAAUACCAAUCUAUAAUAAGCAGAAGAUAUAGACUUAAAUUAAGGAAAAGCCUCAGAAGGUUCAGAAAAAUAAUAAAUUAUUAAUGAACAAUCUUUGAAAUCUGAUCCAAGUUUGAAUACAUCAGAAACUAAAUCAAUAAAAAAAGAAGAUUCUCAAACUAAAUCCUUGCAAUAAUAAAAUAAGGGCGUUAUUACUAAAAAAGUUUAAGAAUAAAAAGAAAAAAACUCUGUUAAAAUUUCAAAGUAGACUGUUGAAUAAAAAGAUUAAUAAGUAGAAGAUAAUAGUAAUAUUGAUUACUAAUAGAUUAUCAAUGAAAAAAUGAAAUAAAUUGAACAGCAACUUCAAGAACCUUGUCUUGAUAUCAUUGAUAUCUUAUUGGCUUCAGAUUUAGUAUAUAAUGUAAAUAUAGAAAAUUAUAAAAUCUCAAAAUCAUAUAAAAAGAAAGUCAAUCAUCCAAAAUUUAUGUUUGAAUAGAAGGAUGAAGAGGAAGUGGUAAUUUGGAGACACGAAUUAUAGGAAGUAAUACCGAAAUUGUAAAAUUUAAAUAAACAAAUUGAGGUUUAAAUUGAUGAUAAUGAUGACUAUAUAAGAAGUAAUGUUUACACAAUAGAAGAAGUAAAUGAUGAAUCUGAUAAUUGA